AACACUGUAUUUUAAUUCAAUUCUCGUUCGUAGUGAAUAAAGGAGAUGAAAAAAGCACACAGAAAAAAUUAUCGAAAUCGGUUACUUUGGAUAUUUUGAGUAAAUAUAUUAAAAGUAGUAGUAGGUAUAGGUAGUAGCAGUUUUAUGUUAUUUAUGGUUAAAGUUUUAGUUAGAUUCCGUCUAGUCGUUGUUCUUAUAAAAUUGCCCAUAAUAUUAAUCGAUCUUUUUAAAUGCAUGACACUGCCGAAAUUCGUAUGUUACGUUAUUGGUCCAGUUAAUUCGCCGCAAUGGUCAUACGUCAGGCGUUCGUCCUCAAUGCGUGCUCAGCGUCUUAGUUACCCGUGCAAUACUUAUGACGAAACGUACAAGGUGAAUCUUAUUUUAUUUGUAUAAAUGCUGGCUAUUGUCCUCAAAUUGUACAUACCACUUGGUACUACCAACAACACAACAAAUUUACCAAAAUGAUCGGAAAGGUCUUCUUCCUCGCUGCUCUCGCCUUAGCUGCCGCCAAACCAGGCGUUCCAGCGGCGCUAGUAGCCCCAGCUCCCCUUGUUGCCGCCGCUCCAUUGGUUGCAGCACCCUCACCUAUAGUCACAGCCUCCAGCUCACAGUACAUUGCAAGAAACUACAAUGGAGUGGUAGCUGCCCCAGUAGCGGCACCCCUAGUAGCUGCACCAGCGUACUACGCUCCUGCAGCUAGAUACCUCGCUCCAGCCGCUCAGUACUAUUCCGCGGCUGCCGCCCCAGCUGCACUCGUUGCCCCUGCUGCUGCAGCUUAUGCGGUAGCGCCAUAUGCUAGCUCAUACUCUGCUCACUCCAUCAACCACGCGGUAGCCGCACCAGUGUAUGCUAACGCACCUUUGGUGGCCUCAGCUCCAUACGUAGCUGCCCCCGCUCCCGUGGUCGCCGCAUCACCCGUCGUAGCCCCCUCUCCCUUCGCUAGAUACGUCGCUUCUCCUUACUAUUUGUGAACGAAUUUGGUGUCUUCAUUGCCUAGUGACUUGCUUAAAUAAUGUAAUGUAUGUAAAAUAAAUAUUCUGAAGUAC